UAUAUAUCUUAAUAGUCAUACAUAGUUUUCCUUUUUAGUAUUUCCGGACAAGGAAAUGGUGCGGAACACUGCAGAGAACAAGGGUUUCAAGGCAGCCCUUGGCAAGGACGCAUUCAAGGCUCAGGUUGAAGCAAUAAAGCGAAGCAAAAGGAGCAAGUACACUCCUGUUUCCCAACACUCCAAAGGCAAUCCCGUUCACCGUGAGCUCAAGUACCAUGAGCGAAUCCUUCUGAAGAAACAUGACUUCAUGCAAUACCCACAGGAUAAUUGGCAUGAGCCGUACUGCAUUACGAAGUACCACCUAGAGGAUCGUGAGGACUACCGUCGCUACCUCCGACUGGUUGGGCUUAUUCGUCAGCUCCUCACGCAGCUGCGGUACUUGCCGGCGGAUAGCAAAAUACGCAUUGAAGUGACGCAGCAGCUCUUGGACAAGUUGUAUAACAUGGGUUUGAUUGGGGAAAAACUCGGCCUUACGGAGGUGGAUAAGGUUGGCGUGGAGGUCUUCUGCAAGCGCCGUAUCCCGACUGUUAUGCGCGACCUGAAGAUGGCUCCCAACUGCAAGAUGGCGGCGGAUCUUAUUCAUCAUGGCCAUGUGCGCGUGGGGACGACGCAGAUCCGUGAUCCAGCCUUCUUGGUACCGCGGGGACUCGAGGACUUUGUGACGUGGAAGCCAGGCAGCAAGAUUCGUCAACACGUGGAUACCUUCAACGUGAAGAGGGAUGAUUACGAAUACUCCUAGGGUGUGCCGUACACAAGUGCUCUAUUUGGUUGUUGAUCUAACAGCGAAAUGUAAUGCGUUUAAACUGAAAGUAAUUUUUUGAAGAUAGUAAAAGGUGAUAUCCUAAAUUUAAUAUUGCAUAAGCUUUUUUGUUGUUGUUAUUGCACUACUUUUCAUUGCAAUACUGCUUCCACAGAUUAAAGUACAUUUACUUGCUCUUACAUUCCUUUUCUUCGAAAAUUUUGAUGUGAGUUGACA